UAGAAAAAUGAGCGUUUCGUUGGCAGGAAGAAAGCAAGUCUUAAAUAGGUCGAACGACCGAGAGGGGAUCACAAUAAUAUCAUCGCCCCACCCCAAUCCCCCAAAAAAAUCAAAAAUCAAACAUCUUCAAUAUCUCUCCUUCCUCAUCUAUCGCCUUUUUCAACCAUCUCAUCGAUUAAUUUACUCAAUUACAGUGAAUUUUGACAGAUGGAAUCAACAAAAGAAACAGGAUGCCAGGCUCCAGAGGGCCCAAUCCUCUGCAUCAACAACUGUGGGUUCUUUGGUAGUGCAGCCACCAUGAACAUGUGUUCCAAAUGCCACAAGGAGAUGAUAUUGAAGCAGGAAAACGCCAAGCUUGCAGCUUCAUCUUUUGACAACAUCGUCAACGGCGGUGGUGGGAACGACACCACCGGAAAAGAUGCGGUGGCGGUGGCUACCGACGCCAUGAAAGCCGCCACCGCCCAGUCAGCAGCAGCAGCAGCUCAGGUGGAGUUAAACGUGGUCCCCAUGAAAGCACAAGCGGACUCUUCUUCUUCCUCAAGUGAAGUAGUCCCGGAGGUGAAAGUGGGUCCCAGUAGAUGCGCCACAUGUCGGAAGCGUGUUGGUCUGACAGGAUUCAACUGCAAAUGUGGUAAUUUGUUUUGUUCUGCUCAUCGUUACUCUGAUAAACAUGAAUGUCCUUUUGAUUACCGGGGUGCGGGUCGCGAUGCAAUUGCAAAGGCGAAUCCUGUUGUGAAAGCUGAGAAGCUUGAUAAGAUAUGAAUAUGAUGAAGAAUGAAAGGAAAAAAGGAAAAAGGUUGUGUUUCUCUAUGAUAUGGUAUCUGAAAGUAUGAUAUGGUAUUGGUUACAAGUACUGAAAAGUCUUUUAUGUCUUCUCCUCCUCCUCAUGGGUAAUGUCUUGUCUGGUUGGUAUGAAAUGUAGGUGGGGCCCUGGUCGAUUUGUUUGAAAAAAAAUUUGAAAUUAGGGAAGCCAGGAAGACACAGGGUCUCACCAUUGUUGCCAGUGUUAUGAACAUUCUUAUUCUGCUUGUUUGUUCCAUUGUGUGUGUGUGUGUGUAAUGGCUUGAUGCAUAGAUAUAGGUCAAUUUGUGUUUAUCUGUAAUUUGGUCCUCAUUCUUCAUCUUCUGCUGAGGUGUCAUGUCAAAUGGGGGCAGUUUUUUGGGGUUGGGUUGUUUCUGUGUUGUUUGGUUGACCAAGUGUUGACUUAUAGAGACUUGAGAUAACUGGCCUUCAUAUAUGCAUGCAUACAUGAGAAUAUCAAGUAUGACUUAACUAUAACUACUACAAAUCAAUUAACACAUUUAACAUUGUUAAAUUCAUCCCAAAGGGUUCCACUCGUCUAUACUCCAUCUAAGGUUUCAAGUACCAUAUGUGAAUUCCAUGGAUUUGGCAUUUCUAAUCAUUUCGUUAGUUUAAAUAAGACUUCAAC